GGUAAUAGCUGCUUUGCAACUCGGACUCGGGAGGUACGGCUGAACUCUUCGGCUUGCAGAAGGGGCAGGUGGUAGGCUAGUCAUCACCAACCCACCUCCACUUGGCGGUCAGAGCGCACCUCGUUAGAAAUAUAUUUUGUUACAUAUCUAAAAAAUAUACUCAGCUUUGGCGCGUUUUAUUUAUAUUAUUACAUGUAUUUGAAGUCAGUGUUGUAGACAGCGCUCUAAGAUGGAAAACGCCCACACUAAAACAGCAUCUGAAGUUUUAGAAAACUUCGGUGUGAACGAAAACACUGGACUGACUCUCGAACAAGUGAAAAUAAAUUUUGAAAAAUAUGGACCAAAUGAACUGCCAGCGGAAGAAGGCAAGUCUUUGUGGGAGCUGGUGGUUGAGCAGUUUGAGGACCUCCUGGUGAGGAUCCUCCUGCUUGCGGCCUGCGUGUCCUUCGUGCUGGCCCUUUUCGAGGAGGGAGACGAGGGCACCACUGCAUUCGUGGAGCCUAUUGUCAUUUUGCUGAUUCUGGUGGCUAAUGCGGUCAUUGGCGUCUGGCAGGAGCGGAAUGCCGAGAAUGCCAUUGAAGCUCUAAAGGAGUAUGAGCCGGAGAUGGGCAAAGUGUUCCGCAUGAACAGGAAGGCCGUCCAGAGGAUCAAGGCCCGCGACAUCGUCCCCGGGGAUGUGGUGGAGGUGGCAGUUGGGGACAAGGUGCCAGCAGACAUCAGGAUCACCUCCAUCAAGUCCACCACGCUGAGAGUGGACCAGUCCAUCCUCACAGGGGAGUCGGUGUCUGUGAUCAAGCAUACUGACCCUGUGCCUGACCCCCGAGCUGUCAAUCAGGACAAGAAGAACAUGCUGUUUUCGGGGACAAACAUCGCGUCAGGUCGUGCCAUUGGUGUGGUCGUCUCCACCGGCGUUGCCACGGAGAUCGGCAAGAUCCGCAACCAGAUGGCAGCCACCGAGCAGGAGAAGACGCCCCUGCAGCAGAAGCUGGACGAGUUCGGCCAGCAGCUCUCCAAAGUCAUCUCGCUCAUCUGCGUGGCCGUGUGGGUCAUCAACAUCGGCCACUUUGCCGACCCCGUGCACGGCGGCUCCUGGGUGCGCGGCGCCAUCUACUACUUCAAGAUCGCCGUGGCGUUGGCUGUGGCUGCCAUCCCCGAGGGCCUGCCGGCGGUCAUCACCACCUGCCUGGCGCUGGGCACACGUCGCAUGGCCAAGAAGAACGCCAUUGUGCGCUCGCUGCCCUCCGUGGAGACUCUGGGCUGCACCUCCGUCAUCUGCUCCGACAAGACCGGCACUCUGACCACCAACCAGAUGUCCGUCUGCAGGAUGUUUGUUGUAGAAAAGGUGGAAGGCUCCAGCUGUUCCCUCCAUGAGUUCUCCAUCAGUGGUUCCACAUACGCUCCCGAAGGACAAGUGCUGAAGGGGGAUAAGGCAGUGCAAUGUGGUGACUAUGACGGGCUGCUGGAGCUUGCUACAAUCUGCUCCAUGUGCAAUGACUCCUCACUGGACUACAACGAGGCCAAAGGUGUGUACGAGAAGGUGGGCGAGGCCACGGAGACUGCCCUGACUACCUUGGUGGAGAAGAUGAACGUCUUCAAAACGAAUCUGUCCGGACUCAGCAAGGUGGAGCGAGCGGGAGCGUGCAACUCGGUGAUCAGGCAGCUGAUGAAAAAGGAGUUCACUCUGGAGUUCUCCCGUGACCGCAAGUCCAUGUCGGUGUACUGCAACCCCACUAAGGCUGGCUCUCAGAGCAAGAUGUUUGUCAAGGGGGCUCCGGAGGGCGUGGUUGAGCGAUGCCAGUAUAUGCGUGUGGGCACGACCAAGGUGCCCCUGACCCAGCAGCUGAAGGAGCAGUUGAUGGAGACCAUCCGUGACUGGGGCUCGGGCCGUGACACCCUGCGCUGCCUGGCACUGGCCACCCGCGACACGCCGCCCCGCAAGGAGGACAUGGAUCUGGAGAACGCCACCAAUUUCGCCCAGUAUGAGUCGGAGCUGACGUUUGUGGGCUGCGUCGGAAUGCUGGACCCUCCCAGGAAGGAGGUCAUCGGUUCAAUAAAGCUGUGUAGCGAGGCCGGCAUCCGCGUCAUCAUGAUCACUGGUGACAACAAGGGCACGGCGGUGGCCAUCUGCCGGCGCAUCGGCAUCUUCGGCGAGGACGAGGACGUGAAUGGCAAGGCUUACACUGGCCGCGAGUUCGAUGACCUGCCGGCCGAGUCUCAACGGGAUGCGGUCAAGCGUGCCCGCUGCUUCGCCCGUGUCGAGCCGGCGCACAAGUCCAAGAUCGUCGGCUUCUUGCAGUCCUUUGACGAGAUCACGGCCAUGACUGGUGAUGGUGUGAAUGACGCCCCGGCUCUGAAGAAGGCCGAGAUCGGCAUCGCCAUGGGCUCCGGCACGGCCGUGGCCAAGUCGGCCUCCGAGAUGGUGCUCUCCGACGACAACUUCUCCACCAUCGUGGCGGCCGUGGAGGAGGGCAGGGCCAUCUACAACAACAUGAAGCAGUUCAUCCGCUACCUCAUCUCCUCCAACGUGGGAGAGGUUGUCUGCAUCUUCCUGACUGCCAUCCUGGGCUUGCCUGAGGCCCUGAUCCCAGUGCAGCUGCUGUGGGUGAACCUGGUGACGGACGGCCUGCCCGCAACCGCCCUGGGCUUCAACCCUCCUGACCUGGACAUCAUGGACAAGCCACCCCGCAACCCCAAGGAGCCCCUCAUCUCUGGAUGGCUCUUCUUCAGAUAUCUGGCCAUCGGAGGUUACGUUGGCCUGGGGACUGUGGGAGCGGCGACCUGGUGGUACCUGUUUGAUGAGGGGGGGCCUCAGGUGUCCUUCUACCAGCUGAGGCACUUCAUGCAGUGCACCGAGGACAACCCCAUGUUCCAGGGCAUUGACUGCGAGGUGUUUGAGUCACGCUACCCCACCACCAUGGCCCUCUCCGUGCUGGUCACCAUAGAGAUGUUCAAUGCGCUCAACAGCCUGUCUGAGAACCAGUCCCUGCUCAGAAUGCCCCCAUGGGUCAACUUCUGGCUGCUGGGAGCCAUCAUCCUCUCCCUCUCCCUGCACUUCCUCAUCCUCUACGUGGAGCCUCUGCCGCUCAUUUUCCAGGUGACCCCGCUACACUGGUCCCAGUGGAUCGUGGUGCUGAAGAUCUCCAUUCCCGUCAUCCUGCUGGAUGAAGCCCUGAAGUACCUCGCCCGUCACCAUUUAGAGGCCUAAAUCUCUCCUCUCCACCUGUUCUCCAAAGGUAAUGAGGAGGAUAGGUACAUGAAGAGUCGGCAGCUGAAAUUCUGAGUCAACCCCCCCUCCCCCCCCCCCCCUCUUUUUCCUCCUCCGUGCACCCUCCUCUCCCCAACGCAUCCCUAUUACUGCAUGUCCAACCACCACUAGAGAUGAGCAGGGCUGUGUGUGUGUGUGUGUGUGUAUGAGAGAGUGAAACUUUGUGUGUGUAAGCAAGCAAGCAAGCAGGCGCAUGACCCCUUGUAUUUUGGACAGAAAAGGUAUGACAAAACAUGGUGUUUAGGAUUUCUUUGAGGCUUUUAGUUCGUAAGCUUUGGGUCACUUGCUGUAUAUAGUAGUGCAAUAACUGGACCAUAGAUGUGUGUGUUUUGGGAGGUUGGGUGGGGGUGGGGGGGUCAUAGUGAAGGGCCUUGAGGUCAGCAUGCAGUGAGGAGGGAGGGGGCAGGGGAUUGCUGGGGAUGGGAGGAGGUGCGGAUGGCGUGGGCGUGGACUGAUGAUGAACUCUCACGUGGCCACCACCAUGGAAAAGACCCAGAGACGUUCCUUUGUUCCCCCUCUAUGCCGCCUCACUUCCUGUUCCGUCUGUCCAGAAUAGAUGGAGUGUCCCCAUGACAAUCUCUGAGGAACACCACUGUGCUCCACACUGCUAGACAGUGUCAUCAUGACAGCUUUGUGUGUGUGUGUGUGUGUGUGUGUGUGUGUGUGUGUACAUUUGCUUUGUGUGUUUGUGUAUGUUUGCAGCACCACCACUUCUGUGGCAAAGCAUGUCAUUAUUAUCUUCAAAAACAACCCACUCCUCUCUCUCUCUCUCGUUCUCUAUUUUCUGUCUUUCUUUCUCUCUCUCUUUCUCUCUCCCUCCCUUCUUCCCUCUGGCAGUUUCUUUCUUCCUCUUGCCUCUCUUUUGCCUUUAUCUCUGUGGGGUUCUUUCCUUGUUUGCUGUAAACCAUGCUGACAUCAGGCAGCGUGCUUUGAAUGUGCCGAGGCAGUUCCGUCUAGCAUGCUACUUGCUACCCUCCCCAACCCCGCAACCCCCAAUGAGGAAGCAGCACUUUGCUGACUGAACAUGCCCGGCAUACUGUAAACAACUGUCCCCAAAGUGUGAAAUGCUCAUUUACACCUCUUUCUACAGACCAGAGGAAACUCAAAAAGUUCUCCAAUGUAUAAACGGUAAGCCUUCUGAAAUAGUCUGAUGGAUUCCUCCAACAGAUGCUCUAAACUGACUAGAAAACAUAAAAGGCAACACCAAGAUGUCUCUGUGAGUCUAUCGAGCUUUCCGCUGUGCUAGACUCCAGCUGGCCUUUUUUUCUCGUUACGAUGAGGUACGGCAGAACAACGUCGGUUUAGCGGUUUAACACUUCAUUUCCGUUAGUAAAAAUGAGCAGUCAGUCCAGUCAGCUGUAACUGAUCCCUGGUCUGAUGGCAUGUAAUGGAAUCUUCCUAUUCUAGUGUAUAUGCACAGGACAACACUAUUCAGGAGCUGCUAGUGUAAUUGGAUGUAGAUUAAAAGGAGCCGCGGAGACAGAGGAUGGAUGAGGAAGGAGUUAGGUCAGGGCAGCUAGAUUUCAACUCUUCACUUGGUGGCAAGACCAAGUUCACCCUGCUCUUGCUCUACUCAGUAAACCAGUAUGUCAUCAGCGUAACCCCCCCCCCCCACACACACACACACACACACACACACACACACACACACACACACACAGCCACUCACCCAGGAACAGCACUCUUCCUCUCCCCUGCACAUCCUAAACUAAACCCAAUUCAACGAAGCAUGAAUGUAACAAUAUUUGGCCUUGCUGUUUUUGUUUGUUUUUACCAUGACAUUCUAACCACAUUCUGUUAUGCCCUGUCGCCAUACUCAGGCCAAAGUCAUGUUUACUAUAUAGCCCCAAACCCUCCUCCUGUAUGCCCUGUGUUGUACUGAUAGACAAAUUCCUUUAAUGUUUCUGUUUUUUUGAUUUGGGAUUGUUUUGGGGUCAUUUCAGAUUGCCACUUGCCUUUUGCUCCCUUAAUUUUGGUGAAUGUCAUUUGGGGCUCUCAGCGCCGGAGCGUAAUGUUAUGUAGGUUCCUUGCUUUUUCCUUGCCUCCGGGUUAUGUAGGGGCAUGCCACCACCAGUGCUUUGCGAUACAGAUGAACGUGGGUAUUUCGUUUUUUUUUUUAAAGUAAUAAUAAUUAAUAAUAAUAAUGUAUUUGACUGAAAGAACCCAGGCGGUUUCGGUUGUUUGUUUUGCUGUUAAUAUAUGGGUAUAUAAAUGUGUGCCCUUGCACUUUGAGGUCUAGUCCAGUAUGUUAGAGAAACACCAAUAUGCCAUGCGGACUCGCCACAAGGUCACCAUGCUAGGCCAGGAAGUGUGGACAUCUAAACGCUAAAGUCGGCACGCUCUGUCGGAGCCAUUGGAUUAUACUCUGUGGCGGCUAUCUUAGCUCGAUUACAGGGUCACUACCAAACCAUAGUUGAGUCAGGCCACUGAAACAACCAGUCACUGUGCAUAUAUGUGUACAUGUGGGUGUGUAUGUAUGUGCAUAUAUGUGUAUGUAUGUGCAUAUAUGUGUACAUGUAGGUGUGUAUGUAUGUGUACAUGUGGGUGUGUAUGUAUGUUCUCCGCACAAUGUCCGGGUGGCUUAGUCUGUUUAUUUCUUGAUUUUGAGCUGACCAGCAACACAUUAGUAUCCUGUGAGAUGUUUCUCUUCACAACUUCACAUUCUUUACCAGUGCACACGUUAAAGCAUAUCAGGUGCUCAGCUGGUAAUUGUGUUGAAGAGGGGGAAUAGCCAUCAGUUUUUGCAUCUCACAGGGAGCUAGUUAGCUAUACAAAUUGUAUUGAUAUUCAUUGAAAUAUGUUAAUAUAUCAUGUACAGUACACCUACAACCCAUAUUUGGUAACUGUUUAAACAUUGUCUGAGCAUGGUGAACUGUGGGUUAUUUCCUGUGUCAUGGCAGUCUAGCAUACUGGUGUUAGGAGUAGUCCGAAGUGUGGGAUUUUACAGCCUUGUUAAUUAUUGAACUACUGAAUUCUUGAACUCUGUACAGAAAAAUAAGAUUGCAUGGAAACUUGUUACUGUAAUUAAUAACCUAUACAGUAUAUGAUAUUUAAUUUUUUUUAAAAAGAACUUGCUUAAAUGAGACCUAUUUACCAACGGCGAAAGAACUGAGUAAAACUGUUUUAUUUUUCUUCAAGCACAUGACAAACAUCUAAGGGUUUUUUGUAGAAUAGAGAGAUUGUUGUUCAUUGUUUCUGUUUGUUUUUAUGGUUGCUGGGGGAUUUGUGUCUUUUAUUUCUACACGGGGGAAAAGAAAAUAAUGUGUAAAAUAAACAGGAUCAUGAAAAAAAUAACAAUAAUACAAUUAAUUAUAAUAUUUCAGUGACAAGUAAAUUGGUUUGAGAGUGGACUUUCCAAACGAAAUAUGUCUGGUUUACACAGAGUGCUAUCCAGUUCUGGAACUGGGUAAUGAAGUUUAUUCAAAAAUGUGUGUGUAUAUUGAAGGGCUUGGUGUGGUUUUGGGCUCUAGGAACCAUGUGAUGCUUGACUGAGAUGCCUAAUUUUGAGGAUUGCCUAGCUGUAUAUACUUACUGUGGCCUCUACUGCAGUUAACAACCUGACUAUUGCACCAGGAAGAGAUCAAUAUGUUGAUAUGCAGGAGUUCCUUGGCUGUUCCCUGGCUUUGUCUUGUAGAACAUAAGCGGGUUGUCUCAGGCAGUGUCUGGAGCCUCAAACUCUCAACUGAGAAAUUACCGAUUCUCUGUUUUGCCUUGUUAAUAUUAAUUGUGGACACAUAAUUUUAUAUAUAUGAAAGACAUUAAAUAAAGAUUAUUUAUCUUGUUA